GGGCUGAUUGCAGGGUUACCGCGCCCAUCUCUCCGUCUGAUGGCCGGAUGAGAGCUGCACUAGAGAGAAGCGCUCCUUUAAGGAAGGCAACGGGAAGUGGCCACCGACGGACUUAUACGUUGACCAAAGUCUCCAAACGGACCUCCAUGACUGCCCUUUUCAAUCGCAGUUGAGAUAUCCGCUUCUUCCUCGACGUUCACAGGCUCAUUUCCUGCCCGUCGGAGCGAGUUAUAUCGCUGAAAAAGUGGACUCGUUUGAGAAGCGCUCGUCUUGUUCGUUGAUGCGUGGAUUUGACAGCAACACCAUCGUUUUUUUCGGUCAAUGCCAUAUAAACAAAGGCCAUCUACGACUGAGAACAGAUCAGAGCGUGUCCUGGCAGUAGGAGAGAGGCAGAGCUUUAGAAGAGGAAAAUGAGUGAACUGGACCAGUUACGCCAGGAGGCUGAGCAGCUGAAGAACCAGAUCAGAGAUGCAAGGAAAGCAUGUGCAGAUGCCACAUUAUCACAGAUCACAGCCAACAUCGACCCUGUUGGCCGAAUUCAGAUGCGCACAAGGAGAACACUGCGAGGACAUUUGGCUAAAAUCUACGCCAUGCACUGGGGCACCGAUUCCAGGCUGCUGGUUAGUGCCUCCCAGGAUGGAAAGCUCAUUAUUUGGGACAGUUAUACCACAAAUAAGGUCCACGCCAUUCCUCUGCGCUCGUCCUGGGUGAUGACCUGUGCCUACGCUCCUUCAGGGAAUUAUGUGGCCUGUGGAGGCCUGGACAACAUCUGCUCCAUCUACAGCCUCAAGACCCGCGAGGGCAAUGUGCGCGUCAGCCGCGAGUUGGCCGGUCACACAGGAUACUUGUCUUGCUGCCGCUUCGUUGACGACAACCAGAUUGUUACAAGUUCUGGCGACACCACCUGUGCUCUCUGGGACAUAGAGACCGGUCAACAAACGACCACGUUCGCAGGACACACUGGUGAUGUGAUGAGCCUGUCUUUGGCUCCAGACACCAGGCUGUUUGUGUCGGGGGCCUGUGAUGCCUCUGCUAAACUGUGGGACAUCCGUGAAGGCAUGUGCAGACAGACUUUCACUGGCCACGAGUCAGACAUCAAUGCCAUUUGUUUCUUCCCCAAUGGCAAUGCAUUUGCCACCGGCUCAGAUGAUGCCACCUGCCGUCUGUUUGACUUGCGCGCCGACCAGGAGCUCAUGGUGUAUUCUCACGACAACAUCAUCUGCGGCAUAACCUCUGUGGCCUUCUCGAAGAGCGGCCGCCUGCUGCUCGCCGGCUAUGAUGACUUCAACUGCAACGUGUGGGACACCCUCAAGGCUGACCGCGCUGGUGUGUUGGCUGGCCAUGACAACCGAGUAAGCUGUCUGGGUGUAACUGAUGAUGGCAUGGCAGUGGCCACAGGGUCCUGGGACAGCUUCCUCAAGAUCUGGAACUAAAUGCUGAAGGUGCUUGCAAUACAACAUGUCCGAUACAAUAUCAUUUGAUCUCCAAAGUUGACUGGAAGACCAUUCCAACUUAAGAAUGUUAAAUCUCACAGCAUCGUCAACAAACAAAAACAUCUUACAAAACUGACUGACACCACCAUGAAAAGAAAUAAAACUUCUAAGGGAAAACAAGGUCUUUCCUACACCAAGAAGAGCACAAUUUGUUUUAUCACCCAGCUUGAAAAAAAAAAAAAAAAGAAAAGAAUUCCUGUGGUAUCAAAUUAAUAACGACGCAUUCCCUCUCGGACCGUUCUGUGUCACCCUGUAAGAAAACACAAAAACACUAUCAUCCCACGCUUAUGUAUCAUGUGUCUAGAGAGCAAAUGUUGGAGUGUAAUUGUAAAAAUUAUUUAACUCUCUUUUUGUUUUGUUUCUUCAAACAUUUAUCUGAUUCGUCUUAGAUAUUUUCCUGCCUAUAUGUUUCUGAUUAGAAAAACCUUUUAAUCCUAUUAUAAAACCAUGUGAAAACAAGAGUUCUGAAUAAUGCUGAUAUUAGACAAGGAUGGACGAGCAGCUUUUUAUAAAGAUGCCAAUCAUGUGUUGUGUUUUUCAUUUUGUGCACCAGGUUGCUCUAGAGGUUGUGUAGUUUUCAUAACGCGAUUCAAGCGAAUGGAAAAAACGCGUGCCCUCGCGUGGUCAUAAUUCAUAUUCUUGGGUGACAAAAGGGCAGCCCCGAGCAGCUUUAAACUGUUUCCAGUUGUUAACCAUCGCUGGGCUAUUGUCGUUUUUCCGGGUAAUAACAGCCUUAGCUUUCUAAAAAUGUAGUCAUGAUCUGUGCAUUAGUUAACUUUUCUCCAUGUGAAUCCUGGUCCUUGUCAUUAAAGAAAAAAGAAAAUUCCAUAAAAAAAAAUGCCAUCUCGCUUUGAAAAACUUUGCCAUUUCCGAGUCCGAGGUACUCGCGUCAUUUUAUCCACGAAUGGCCGUUUGUAAAUAUGGGUAUCUGACUUGCACGUGAAUGCAGCAUUAUAUCCUAGCUAAUGUUUCUUUCCAGUCUCGUCACCGCUUUGUUUGCACAAUAGGAAACUUGACUAGCGUUUUAAGCGUUAACUAACCAAGCACAUGCCGUUAAUCACAUUGAAUGCUAAUUUUAACGUAGAAAAUGCGGGGAGAGAAAAAAAAAGUACAAAAUGUUAAAAAUUUUAAUAAAAAAUGCAAUCCUCUUUCAUUUGGAUUAAAAACCCUUCCGAUUAACCCCUUAACUUUUGUUCUGGUCUUACGUUCGUAUUCUCGGUUACUUGAAGCGUUUGGCUUUAAUUCUUUCCUUUCAUUGGGGGGGUGGACUUGUUUUCAACAAUGUCCGGGGGGGGUGUAGGUGUUUUGAAAAUGAAACCUUUCCAAUAAUUUAGUUUAAUUGUAUUUUUUCUUUUUUGCCCCAGUUUGAGAAAGAGAACCGAUAGCCCUGUCUGUGCUUGGAAAUACAGUUACUACUAUGUGAAUGAAAUGUUGUACAAAUCAAUGUCUGAAAAUAAUGAUAAUUCUGAAAUUUUUAAGUUAAGCGUUUUAUUUCAUCUGCCAUGAAUUAACGUAGUCGCAUGCUGUAGAAUUUGCUUAAAACGGGCGCUGACGUCUUUCGGACCACUGACCUGCACUGGGACGGCGAAAUCGAUAAGAAACAGACAUUUUAGAACAUUAAAAGUUUGAUUCCAAACGUUUUAGACAUGCUGUGCAUACAUCCUUUACUUUUACUGGCAAAGCUAUGCACCUGUGUGAGAAAUCGAGAGGGAGAAAUGACAUUUCCUGCUAAUCAUGGCCAUUCUUCCUUGAGAAACCCCUCCGAAUGUUUCUGAAUUAAAUAACAGUUGCAAAACUUUCCCAUUUGAGAGUCUAAAACCUUUGUGUGAGUUUUCUAAAUCAAAUGUUCCGAAA